CGAAAAUUGUGUAAGGAGAGGUCACAUUUUGAAUGCUUGUCGGCGGUAGAUGUGAUUUGUGGUAUGAACGUUUUGCCACAAUUUAAAAUGACUGUUCUGAUGGAAUUAAUGUUGGUCUGCUUUUCUUGGUCUUUUCCUGUUGGUAAAUAUGAAAUUUUUAGUCGUUAUUCGGAAGACUUGAUUUGUAACACCUGUUGAAAGCUGUGAAAGGGUUCAGCAGUCAAAAUAUAAUUUUUGUAACCGGUACUUAACAUCCAAGAAUUCCUCCUGUUCUGUUCUUGGUACAUUACUUUUCAUUAUAUAUGUAAAUGAUAUUCCGCAUCUAACAUAAGGUAGAACAAUAAUGAAUGAUGAUGAUACAUCAGUACUGAAUGUAGGAGAAAAUAUAAGGUUAACACCCAAAAACAACAUCUGAAAAUACAGGCUUACUAGAGCAACAUUUAGAAACACUUUAUUUACAAAUCUGACCAUAACACGCAACAUUCACUUCAAGACGAAAUAAUGCAGGCAGAAAGAGAUGAUGAAAAGUUUGGGUGUCGUGAGCGUUACGGUGGUCCAACCUCAGACUUCACAGUAAAGGAGGGCUACAAACAAAAUGUUAAACUCGACUACAUAGAUGAUGAUGGACAUGUACUUAAUGCAAAGGAGGCUUUCAGAUACGUGUCUCAUGAAUUUCAUGGAAAGGGACCUGGCAAAAAUAAAGUGGAGAAACAAAGGAAGAAAACUGAACAGGAGGGAUUGAUGAAACAGAUGAGCUCAACAGACACCCACUUGGAACGCUUAGCCUCUUGCAGCAGAAGCAGAAAGAAAUGCAGUCUCCAUUCGUGGUCCUUAGUGGCGGUAAACAAACAUGAGGCAACCAUCUGAAAAACAAAACUGCAGAUUCUUCAUGAAAUAUUAUGGCACAAACUCUGAACUUUGCCGUGGACUUAUGUUUUUAUUGAUUCUUACUGUCUGGAAUAUCAUCUCUUUUUUAAAUAAGACACAGCUUGCAGCUGUCGACAGUGCCUAUGUGUACUGGAAGGAAGGCCACAGAGUUCAUGUCACAUUCAAAUGAGCACAGUGGUUCUCCUGCUUCCUUAGGUAACCUGUUGGCACCUGUAAGCUGAAAAGUACAAUUUCUGGUGAUUAGUCGCUUGCUUAUAGGACUUGAGCCAGAUGAACAGCCUCUAAGCUAAAUCAGACAUGAAGUAAUUAUGUUUGGCCUUUCUUGAUUGCAAUAGCCAAAUUGUAUCCUUCCAAGGGAAGAAAGAAACCCUUGUUCAGUUGUAGGCCAGUAUGAACAGCUGUAAAAUUACACAAGCAA